AUCUAAAAAACAAGUAUUUCUAUUGGAUAUCGAUAUUUCAUGUCGACGCCGUUUAAAUCCGCCAUAAAUUCUCUAUAGGUUGAGAAAUGCCUUGUUUCUAACAACAUUAUUCAUCCAGAGAAAAUAUGUUUCUCUUUCUAUUCUGCAAUAUUUUAUAGCAAUCUUAAUCAAUUUUGAAUAGUAUUUGAAAUUAUUAAUUGUAAUAAAAGUGCUUCGACUAUACGACGAAUUUUAAAUCCUUCAGUAAAGUGUCAAUAGUGUUAUCUUUCCAUCAAGGUGUAUAAAAAACAAGUUAUAUUGUGUUCACAGAUUGUCCUUCAUAGAACAGUGUUUAUAAAUAGUGAAAAUGAGUUCAGGAUUUAUAUCAGAAGCUGAAAUUGCCGAACAACGGCGGAUGCGACAAGAGGAAUGGGAACGUGUACGAACUGCUGAUCAACCUUUAGAAGCUCCAGAAGACUCUUAUGAUCCUAGAUCAUUAUAUGAAAGAUUACAGGAACAGAAAACUAAAAGAGACUUGGAAUAUGAAGAAGCUCAUAAGUUAAGGAAUAUGAUCAAAGGAUUGGAUGAUGAUGAAGUAGAAUUUUUAGAUUUGGUUGAUAGAACCAAAAUGGAAGAAGAACGUAAAAAAAAUCUUGAAGAAGAAAAAGAAAUGCGUGAUUUUAAAGCUGCAGUUGCUUCACUCCAAGAACAGAAAUUAAACGAAAAAUUGAAACAAGAAUUGAAGAAUCCUCCUGUUAGCAGUAAAAAUACUAUUUGUGGAAGUCGUUCAUCGCAGUUAAAGUUGCCAGGAGGUAUUGUAGUAAAACGAUCUGACAAGCAAAAACAAGGAGAAGUUAAAGGAACUAAAAGAAAGUUAUCUUCAUCAGAGGAUGAUACAGCUACUACCAAAAAGAAGGAAAAGGAACAUACAUCUUGUGAGCCAGCACCUAAUACCUCUAAUUAUGAAUCAGAUAAACAAGACGAUAAUAUAGUAGUAAAUCCAGUAAUAAGUAAUGGAUAUAGUGGACUCAAGUGUAUUGGCAUAUUACCAGGUCUUGGCACAUAUGAUAAUUCUAGUGAUAGUGAUUGCAGUUCGGACACAGAUCAGGAAACAGAACCAAAUCCUUCUAUAUACGAUAUGUUAGGCCGAAAGAUAAAAGUAUUGAAAGAAAAGGAGAAAAGCUGAAUGAUAUACAUAUAUACAUACAUGCACUUGUGUGUAUAUGUAUGUAUAAACAAGACAAUGUCUGUGAAAAUAAAAAAAAAUUUGUCAUUACAUUACAAUUCAUUGCGUUUAAAAUAUAUUGGAUAAAUACAUUAUAUACAUUUUUACUGGCAUAAAAAUACAUGGAUACACAACUACAUAUAGCAAGUGUAUCUGCGUACAAUUAUAUUUGUAGAAUAAACAUGAAUUGUAUUUUAGCAAUAUUUAAUUUCAUAAUUAGUUUGAGUGCUUCAGAAUUUUUAACUUUGAUAAUCAUCUUAAUUAUCAUAGUUUCAAAUUUUUUAAUGUAUAUAUUAUCUAAUUGUAGCGCAAUAAGAUUGCUGUAAAAUGGAGCAUUGAUCUAUCAAUCAAAUAAAUGAUUAUAAA